AUUUUGUAUAGAGGCUGGUAUUACAUCACAACAAGGAGCCAAUCAGUUUACAGUAAUCGGUGUCUUKGCAUUGGYYUCGUCUGUUGUAUCUGGACGCAUCAUGGAUCACAAGACUGUCAACCCUUUCCACGUGAACCAGACUGCUGCAUUUAUAUUGUCAACAUCAUUAUUUUYAAUCAAUCUGGCCAACSAGUAUCAUCAUUUUWURAUAUUCUCGUUCUUCUGUGGCAUCGGCAUGGGCAUCUUUCGUACCACAAUAGCCGUGUUGUUCUUGAACACUGUUAAAAAGCAYCAAGUGAAUUAUGCUUGGCCUAUUGCUGAGGUUCUGACGUCUACUGGAAAUGCGGUUGGUGCACCUUUUAUAGGUUUAAUCAUCCACAAAACCGGUUCUUUCUACAAAGGAAUAGCUACUGGGGCAGGAAUCUUUGCACUGUCUUUUUUAAUUCCGUUUCUACAAUACUGCUUUGAACCUUGGAGGAAGGAAACAGACAGACGGUUAAAUCGCCAGGAGGUAGCUCCUUCUUCCAUUGAACUACCCGGCUUCGUGGAGAAAGAACACGCAAAUCUAUCAUAUUCAAACAAUAAUGAUGAAGAUUUCAAAGAAAGUGCCGCCUGAAAUUCAUGAACUCGCUAAUGAAGCUGAAAAACCAAAGACAAUGGCAUGAGCGAUCUUUUUUAAAAUGAAGGGAACAGUGCUUUAAUCAAGAACACACUUUCGCAGUACAUUAAUUUGUGAUAUUCCUCUUUAGAUCGUCAACUAAUCCGGCUCAAGUGAAUGUUUCCUUCCUUAAUCUCUUGAUAAUAGGUGUUUAAGACCGUGUAAGGGAGAGUAUAAGAGUAUAAGUUAAGGGAGAAUCGCAGGGGACCUUUUCAUGGUUGUUCAAUGUUUAAACUAAUAGAAAAUUGACCUUCUGUGACRUCAUCAUCAAUUUAGUUAGGAACCACUAACAAGAAAUCCUGGAUCUUGAAAAUCUGAAUAAAUGGAUAUGGCUGACACGUGGAGUAGAGAAUGAAUCAAGAURUGAGUGUAUUUAAUUACCAUUCAUUCCAUUACGCUAUGUAUUAAUUCUCAAUAGGGUAGUUGCCAUUUCGGCUAUUAAACGGUAAAAAAUUAGUACGAUUACAGUUAAAUUUUACCCAUUAUGGCUAAAAUCUAAAACAUGUUUUCUGAAAUCAUGCAAAAAAUAACAAUAAUAAACAAGGGAAAUAAAAUUAUUUUCAUUAGCUUU